UCAGUCAGCAUGCGGAGAGCUUGCAGAGCAAGGUGUCCAUCUUGAGGGGCCUGUGCUCAGGAAAAACCCACCUUCCGAUUCCCACGGUGACAACCGAGAUUGAAAGUCAUUCAUAUUCUGGAUUCAAUGCGCAAGAUGGACAUAACAGGACAGUGAUGUAUGUCAUUGAGUCCAUGGUCAUCGACUGGACCCAUCAGAUCCGAGAUGUUUUGAAAGAAGAUUCCGGGACACUUCUCCAGAAGGGUUCUGACCUGGGGCCGAAUGCUGAAUAUGAAUUCUGGAAAUCUAGGAAGGAAAAUAUGCAAAGUAUUUAUGAACAGCUUCAGAGCCCCGUUGUCCAGAAGAUGGUGGAGAUUUUGGAAGCAUCUGAGAGCAGUUACCUUCCAACUUUCAAAACAACAUUAAUGGAUGUAUUUAAUGCUCUUCAGGAGGCCAGAGACGUAGAGCUGCACCUGCGCCCUCUGGUCCGGCUGCUGUCUCAGCUGCAGGAGAAGCAGUUCCCUCAGAAGCAGCGACUUGUUGGCCCUCUCCUCCAUGUGCUUGGCCUGGUCUGGUCUCACUGCAAGGCCCUGCGAUCGCCGCCUCGCAUUGUGCUGCUGCUGCAGGAGCUCUGCAGCCUCUUCAUCGAGCAGGCUACUGAGUACCUCUCACCAAGGGACCUUCUGAAGGUGGACACUGAGGAAGCCCUGGAGAAGAUCCAUGUGGUGGUGGCUUGCUUCACGCACUUUAAGGAGACCUUCCGGACACAGAGGGAGAAGGUUUGCCAGCCCUGGGAUUUUCCCUGCACUCUGGUGUUCCUGCGUUUUAACCCUUUCCUUCUCCGCCUGCGGCAGCUGCAGGACCUAUUUAUCACCAUGUUAGAGUUUGAGAAGCUGGAGAAGCUGGAGUUUGGGGGCACCGGGGGCAAAGGCUACAGUGAGCAGGUUGCUUCCAUUUACGUCGAAUUCCAGGAGCAUUGCAAGGUGUUGAAGAACAGUGAAUGCAGCCCCCAAUGUCUCAGUGCUAAGGAAUUUGAAGGUCGUUAUGAUGAUUUCAAAGAAAAAGUCUUGGACUUUGAAUCUCGUCUUGCCACAGUCAUGUGUCUGGCAUUUAAUGAUUGUUCUGGUUUGGAAUCAGCUUUGAAGUUACUGGCCGCGUGUGGCCCCUUCCUGGAAAGACCAGUUAUAAAGGAAAUCUUCCGUCCCAAUCUCUCACUGGUGCUUCAGCUGUUUGGCCAGGAGUUAGAGAAAUGUCGGCAGCUGCAUGUCACACACCUUCAUCAGAUGAGGAGUGGAAUGGGGUCAGUGAGUAAGAACAUGCCUUUGAUGUCAGGAUCCUUAAAAUGGGCGAAGAUGCUGAGAGAGAGACUGGAGACGCCUUGGGCUGCGAUCAUGUUUAUCCAGGAAUUCGCCAUGGAUGAUGCUGACAUGAAGGCGAUCUGCCAGAGAUACUCUGAGCUGCAGGCUGUGUUAGAUCAGUAUGAAGGGGAUGUCCACACUGAUUGGUGCCGCGGUCUGGAUCAAGUCUGCCGCUUCAGCUUAGACCAGAAUCUCAUCAGGAGACAUAAAACCACUGGCCUGCUUUCUGUCAACUUCAGUUCAAAGCUGUUAGCAGUCCUGAGAGAUGUGAAGUUCCUGCUACUGCAGGAAUAUGCCAAAGUUCCCAGUGUUGCACUGGCCAUCUUCAAGAAGAAAGACACCUUAAUUACACACAUCGGUACUCUGAAGCUUCUUGUCCAGGCUUACAACAACAUAAAGCAGAUUGCGCUGGAGGUGGAGGUGCCCCUAGUGGCUGCGCAGCUCCCGCGCAUCGACGCGCAGCUGCUCAGGCUGCAGACGGAGUUCACCUGGCAGCACCACAACUGUUGGGAUUAUGUCUCUGCUCUGAAAGACACCGUUCAAAACCUGGAGCUCCGGAUUCAGAAGACCAAGGAAAAUGUGGAAUUCAUCCAGACAGUGAUAAAGGGAUGGAGUGAGCAUCCCCUUUUCUGCAGGAAGGACAACAAGAAAGAUGCACUGCUUCAGCUGGAGGACAGAGCUGAACGACUGGCUAAGCGUUACGGUGGCAUUCAGAGAGAUGGACAACUUAUCCACAAGCUUAUAGAUGAAAACUGUUCCCUGUUCCAUGCUGAUCCUGCGUCGGAUGCAUGGCAUGCGUAUCUCGAAUACCUAGAUGCGAUGGUGAUGGACGGUUUCUUCAGCGCCAUCAUGCACUCACUGGAGUUCUUUGUGGACAGCACCAAUAGCCAGUCCAGGGAGGCUCCUCUUUUAGAGGCACACAUGUCACUCAAUGCCCCCCUGAUCAUCUGCAGACCUUCUCUUGACCGAGAAGAGAGGGAUGGCUUGCAUAACCUGAUGGAGGACCUGAUUGGGGACAUUUUCAAGAUGUCUGCUCAGGUGGAGAGAGUUGCAUCUCACCUUCAUUUGGAGAACUAUCAGUGUGACAUGGACAGCAUGUUCAACCUCACAGAGCUACAGCAGGAAAUCAUGGCGCGAGUCGAUGCUGCCACUGGGAAAGCCCUGCGGUACCAGCGUGCCUUUGACUCUUACGCCCACCUGUGGCUGAAUGACAAGGCCACCUUCAUGAGGCACUUCCUGCUGUAUGGCAACAUCUGCACCACAGAAGGUGUCGAGGCUUGUAGGCCAAGCCCACCAACCACUGAGCAGUUCAAGGAGCAGAUUGACAUUUUUGAAAACAUGUAUGUGCACAUAAGCCAAAUUGAAGACUUUAAAGUAUUUGACAGAUGGUUUAAAGUGGACAUCAAGCCUUUCAAGAUUAGCCUCUUAAACACCAUUAAACAGUGGAGCUGGAUGCUGAAGGAACACCUCUUGGCACAGGUCACUGACAGCCUGAAUGAGCUGGAUGAGUUUGUCAGGAUGACUGAGAAGGGGCUUAAGUGUCCCCUGACUGAGGGUGACUACAGUCAUCUGGUAGAGGUGACUGGCUUGCUGCUCUCUGUGAAGGAACGUCAGGUGACGACCGACCGUCUCUUUGAGCCUCUGAAGGACAUCGUUACCCUACUGGAAGGGUAUGACCAGACGGUCCCUGGUCAUGUUUAUACACACCUGGAGGAGCUUCCGGAAAGGUGGAACCACACCAAGAAGCUGGCAGUGCUGGUGAAGCACAAGGUUGCUCCUCUCCAGACAGUCGAGGUGUCCGUCAUACGCAGGAAAUAUGUCGCGUUUGAGAUGAAGCAGAAGGAGUUCACAGUGAUUUUCAGGAAAGAAGCCCCAUUUCACUAUAACACAAUAAAACCAUAUGCUAAGCUCGACACAGCUCAGCAGCAAAUCAGCGCACUGGAGGGCGAGCUGACAGCCCUACGGGACUCCGGCAAACUGUUCGAAGCGAGUAUCCCGGAGAAUCGGCAACUCAGGCUCUUCCGGAGAGACGUCACGCUGCUCAAAUUGCUGUGGGACAUCGUGAUCUAUGUUCAGUGCUGCGUAGAGAGCUGGACUAAGACCCACUGGAGAGAGAUCAGUGUUGAGCACAUGGAUGGGGAAUUAAAGAGAUUUAAAGGGGAAAUGCAGGAGCUGGACAAAGAGGUUCGCAGCUGGGAUGUUUAUAGAGGACUGGAUACAGAAAUUAACAAUCUUGCGACUUCACUGCGGGCAGUGACCGAACUGCAGAACCCGGCCAUGCGAGAUCGUCACUGGUCCCAGUUGGUCAGGACUACUGGUGUGACUUUCACCAUGACAGAAAGCACAACCUUGGGGGACCUUGUGGCCCUGCGGCUGUACAGGGUGGAGGAUGAGGUUCACCGUGUUGUGGACAAGGCCGUCAAGGAAAUGGCUAUCGAGAAGGUUUUAUCAGAAAUCAGUCAGACAUGGACAAGGAUGGAAUUCACCUAUGAGAUUCGCGAUUGCACAUCCAUCCCACUUCUGAAACCUGACGACGACCUCAUAGGCAUUCUAGAGGAUAAUCAGGUGCAGCUGCAGCUCAUCCUGCAGAGCACACAUGUGGAACACUUCCUGUCUGCGGUGUCCGACUGGCAGGGCCGACUCACGGUGGCCGACGCCGUGCUGCGCGUGUGGCUGGAGGUGCAGCGCACCUGGGCCCACCUGGAGAGGAUCUUCAUGGGCUCGGAGGACAUCAGCCAGCAGCUUCCUCUCCACACCCGCAGGUUCCAGGACAUCGAUGCAGACUUUAAGAAGCUGAUGUUUGAAAGCGUUAAAACCAAGAAUGUGAUAGAGGUCACCAGCAAGCACCUUUUCUACGAUACUCUGGAGGACCUCAAGACUCGAUUGGCGCUGUGUGAAAAAGCAUUGGCUCAGUAUCUGGAGACAAAGCGGCUGUUAUUUCCCAGGUUUUAUUUCAUGUCAUCGGCAGAUUUGUUGGACAUAUUAUCCAAAGGAGGCCGACCUGAAGAGGUGACACGACACCUACCGAAAUUGUUUGACAAUAUAGCUGGGCUGCAGUUUCUGCGGCAACAGAAAUCCGAAAGGACAAACAUAGCACAAGGGAUGCUCAGCAAGGAAGAGGAGUAUGUUCCAUUCCAGAAUCCCUGCCAUUGCAGUGGAGCGGUGGAGGUGUGGCUGAGCCGCCUGGAGGACUCCAUGCGGGAGACGCUACGACAGCAUGCGGCCGAGGCUGUGGCCAGCUAUGAGGAGAAGCCGAGGGAGCAGUGGGUGCUGGAGCAGCCCGCCCAGGUGGCCCUCCUCGGCUCGCAGAUCUGGUGGAGCACGGAUGUAGGGAUAGCAUUUGAGAAGGUGGAGGAAGGCUUCGAGUCCGCCCUUAAAGAUUACCAUAAGAAGCAGAUCAUCCAGCUCAACUCACUGAUCACCAUGUUGUUAGGGGAGCUGUUGCCAGGCGACCGGCAGAAGAUAAGGACUAUAUGCACAGUAGAUGUCCAUGCCAGGGAUGUUGUGUCCAGGCUUCUCACCCAAAAGGUGACCAAUGCUCAGACGUUCUCCUGGUUCUACCAACUUCGUCACCGCUGGGACGAAGAGCUGAGGCACUGCUUUGCCAACAUCUGCGACGCCCAGUUCUUAUAUUCCUACGAAUACCUGGGAAACGCGCCUCGAUUGGUCAUAACACCCCUCACGGACAGGUGUUACAUCACACUGACUCAGUCCCUGCACCUGACAAUGAGUGGAGCACCGACGGGGCCAGCAGGAACCGGGAAGACGGAGACCACCAAGGACCUUGGCAAGGCCCUGGGCGUCAUGGUCUAUGUCUUUAACUGCUCUGAGCAGAUGGACUACAAGUCUAUAGGGAACAUAUACAAAGGCCUCGCCCAGACGGGGGCGUGGGGCUGCUUUGACGAGUUCAACCGCAUCCCCGCGGAGGUGCUGUCUGUCGUCGCGGUGCAGGUGAAGACCAUACAGGACGCCCUUCGCAAAAAGAAGAAGAGGUUUCUUUUCUUGGAGGAGGAAAUCCCUUUGAAGCCGUCUGUCGGUAUCUUCAUCACCAUGAAUCCAGGAUAUGCUGGUCGCACAGAACUGCCUGAGAACCUCAAGGCCCUUUUCAGACCCUGCGCCAUGGUGGUUCCGGAACUCGAGCUCAUCUGUGAGAUAAUGCUGGUGGCUGAGGGCUUCCAGACAGCUCGGGUGCUCGCGAGAAAGUUCAUCAGACUUUACAAGCUUUGCCAAGAACUACUAUCUAAACAGGAUCAUUACGAUUGGGGUCUGCGGGCCAUAAAAUCAGUCCUGAUGGUAGCAGGUUUGCUCAAGAGAGAAGACAAAACCAGACCAGAAACUCAGGUCUUAAUGUGUGCCCUGAGAGACUCCAAUCUGCCUAAGAUUGUCACGGAUGAUGCACCCAUCUUCAUGGGCUUCAUUGCUGACCUCUUCCCUGCUGUGGCGGUUGAGCGGAAGCGGGACCUUGAGUUUGAGAAGAUGGUUAUUCAGGCUAGUCUGGACCUUUGUCUACAACCUGAAGAGACCUUUGUCCUCAAGGUGGUACAGUUGGAGGAGCUUCUAGCUGUGCAUCACUCAGUAUUUGUGGUCGGAAAUGCUGGGACAGGAAAAAGCAAGAUAUUGAGAACCUUGCAUAAGACCUACAUUAAUUUGCAAAGGAAGCCAGUGUGGGAUGACCUAAAUCCAAAAGUCCUGAGCACGGAUGAGCUGUUUGGCCUGAUCGACCCCGUCACCCGAGAGUGGAAAGAUGGUCUCCUGUCCUGUCUGAUGAGAGAACAGGCCAACAUCUCACACCCAAGGCCCAAGUGGAUCGUCCUGGAUGGGGACAUCGAUCCCAUGUGGAUUGAGUCGCUAAACACCGUGAUGGAUGAUAACAAGGUCCUUACUCUGGCCAGCAAUGAGCGUGUCCCCCUCACCCCUUCCAUGAGGCUGGUGUUUGAGGUCGCCCACCUGAGGGUGGCCACGCCUGCCACGGUCUCGCGAGCUGGAGUCCUCUACGUCAACCCCCAGGACCUGGGCUGGAGCCCAUAUGUGGUUAGCUGGAUUGACUCUAGGACCCACCAAUCAGAGAAGGCCAACCUGACUAUUCUGUUUGACAAGUACAUUCCACGCUGCCUGGAGGUGCUGAAGGGUGCUUAUAGGACAGUUACCCUGGUUUCUGAAAACAGCAUGGUGCAGACUCUGUGUGCCCUGCUGGACUGUCUCCUGACCCCAGAUAACGUGCCCCCCGACUCACCACGAGAGCUUUAUGAGAUGUACUUCACCUUCGCCAGUGCCUGGGCCUUCGGUGGAGCCCUCUGCCAGGACCAGCUCCAUGACUAUCGGGCAGAGUUCAGCCAGUGGUGGACCAAGGAAAUGAAGUCUGUCAAGUUCCCGGCCCAGGGGUCUGUCUUUGACUAUUACAUAGAGCCGGUGACCAAGAAGUUUGUACCUUGGAAUGACAAAGUACCCAAGUUCGAAAUGGAGGCCAAAGCACCAUUGCAGGAUGUUUUAGUCCAUACCGUGGAGACUGUGCGCUUGGGAUACUUCAUGGACCUGCUGCUCAGCAGGGCUCAGCCCUUGAUGCUGGUGGGGAAUGCAGGAGUGGGGAAGACCGCUAUGGUGGGGGCCAAGAUGGAUGAUCUGUCUGAGAGCUACAUGGUGGCCAAAGUGGCCUUUAACUACUACACCACGUCGGCCAUGCUGCAGAAGGUACUGGAGAAGCCGCUGGAGAAGAAGGCGGGCAGAAGAUACGGCCCCCCCGGAAAACGGAAGCUGAUCUACGUCAUCGAUGACAUGAAUAUGCCUGCAGUGGACAGCUAUGGGACAGUGCAGCCACAUUCGCUUAUGCGACAGCACCUGGAUUACGGCCACUGGUAUGACAGACAUAAGCUGUCGCUCAAAGAGGUCCGCAGUUGUCAGUAUGUGGCCUGCAUGAACCCAUCCUUUGGCAACUUUACAGUCAACCCAAGACUCCAGAGACAUUUUUCAGUGUUUGCGGUGAAUUUUCCGUCUUCCGAUGCUCUGGAGCACAUCUAUGGUCAGAUCCUAGCUGUCCACUUUCAGCAGUUCUCCUUCAGCCCAGCCGUUCUGGCUGUGGGCGCCCAAGUGGUUCAGGCUGCCAUCUGGCUCCAUCACAGGAUGGUUCAGAACUUCCUACCCACUGCUGUCAAAUUCCACUACACCUUUAACCUCCGUGACCUCUCCAACACCUUUCAGGGACUGCUCCUCUCUACGGCAGACUCUCUGAAGUGCAGAACAGACUUGGUGCAGCUCUGGCUCCAUGAGUCUUCCAGGGUGUACUCCGACAAGCUUCUGGAGUCCCGAGACCAGGAGCUGUUCCGGCAGCUUCUGUCAGAGGCAGCUCACAAGCAUUUCGAGGGGCCAGAGGACGACAUCGUGCUCAGAGAGCCACUUAUCUACUGCCACUUCAGCCAAGGGCCGGGGAAGAAUCACUACAUGCCUGUUAGGGACUGGACCUCCCUCAGGAGCAUCUUGACAGAUGCACUUGAGAGCUACAAUGAGCUGCAUGCGGCGAUGGACCUGGUUCUGUUUGAGGAUGCCAUGCAGCAUGUGUGCCGGAUCAGCCGCGUCCUGGAGAGCCCCGGGGGGCACGCCCUGCUGGUGGGUGUUGGAGGCAGCGGCAAGCAGAGCUUGGCUCGCCUUGCAGCUUAUCUGUCUUCCUUCAGCGUGUUUCAAGUCACCGUGCACAAGGGCUACAGCUUACAGAACCUGAAGACAGAUCUGGCCAGUUUGUAUAUCAAAACUGGCAGCAAGAACAUCCCAACAGUUCUGCUACUGACAGACACUCAGAUCCCAGACGAACAUUUCCUGGUGCCCGUCAGUGACCUUCUGGCCUCAGGUCAGCUUCCCGACCUGUUCAGUGAUGAGGAGCUGGGUCAGAUCUUGGCAGCAGUUAAGAGUGAGGUUCGGGGACUGGGUCUGCUGGACUCCAGGGAGAACUGCUGGAGCUUCUUCAUUGACCGGGUCCAUCGUCAGCUCAAGGUGGUGCUGUGUUUUUCCCCAGUGGGCAGCAGACUCAGAGUCCGGGCCCGGCGUUUCCCCACCCUUUUCAGCUGCACGACUAUCGACUGGUUCCACGAGUGGCCCCCCGCAGCCCUACAGUCCGUCAGCCGAAGGUUUCUGCAGGAGAUGGACGGAAUUGAGCCACACAUCCAGGAAUCCAUCAGUCGUUUCAUGGCCUACGCUCACACCAGCGUCAACCAGGCGAGUGAAAAAUACCGCCGCAAUGAGAAGAGGUACAAUUACACCACCCCCAAGAGCUUUCUUCAGCAAAUCACACUGUACCGGAACCUUCUGGGCAAGAAGAGAGAAGAGCUUGCAUGUCAGAUGGAGAGAGUAGUCAACGGUUUGCAGAAGCUGCAGACCACUGCCUCGCAGGUGGACAAUCUCAAGGCCAAACUGAGCUCACAGGAAGUAGAGCUGAACUUGAAGAAUCGAGAUGCAGAAGCUCUAAUCGGAAAGAUUGGCUGCCAGACAGAGAUUGCGAGCAGCAAAAGGCAGAUUGUGGAUGAAGAAGAACGGAAGGUCACAGCCAUGCAAGCAGAGGUGUCACUAAAACGAAAGGACUGUGAAGCAGAUCUGGCCAAGGCUGAACCUUCCUUAGAGGCCGCCACAGCUGCCCUGGACACCCUGAACAAGGUAAACCUGACAGAGCUGAAGUCGUUUCCCAACCCACCAGCGGCUGUGAGCAAUGUGGUGGGUGCCGUUAUGGUGCUGCUGGCCCCCCCCGGCCGCGUGCCCAGAGACCGCAGCUGGAAGGCGGCCCGCGUCUUCAUGGGAAAGGCAGAUGACUUCCUGCAGGCUUUGAUGGGUUAUGACAAAGAGCACAUUCCAGAAGCGUGCCUGAAGGUGGUCAAAGAGGAGUACCUGAGCAAGCCCGAGUUUCACCCGGACCUGGUCCGCACCAAGUCCUUCGCGGCCGCUGGACUCUGUGCCUGGACCAUUAACAUUGUUCGCUACUAUGAGGUAUACUGUGAAGUUGCACCGAAGAGGCAGGCCUUAUCCCAGGCCAACAGCGAGCUUGACGUGGCCACGGGGAAGCUCACCACCAUCCGCAAGAAGCUGCUCGAUUUGGAUGCCAACCUCCGAAGCCUCACAGCUCGGUUUGAGAAAGCCUCAGCAGAGAAGCUGCACUGCCAGGAGGAAGUACGGCGCAGCAGCCGCGCCAUUGAGCUCGCCAACCGGCUGGUCCAGGGCCUCCAGUCAGAGAACGCUCGCUGGACGAAGGCUGUGGAGCAGUUUGAGGCCCAGCAGAAAACCCUCUGCGGAGACGUGCUCCUGUCCUCCGCGUUUGUCUCCUACCUCGGCUACUUCACCAGACCGUAUCGCCAGGAACUCCUACAAAACUCAUGGAUCCCGUUCCUCACAUCCUUGAAGGAUCCCAUCCCCCUAACAGACGGCCUGGACCCCAUCCUCAUACUCAUGGACGAUGCCACCAUGGCAGCCUGGAGCAGUGAGGGGCUGCCAAGCGACAGGAUGUCCUUGGAGAAUGCUGCCAUCCUGGCAAACUGCGAGCGCUGGCCACUCAUGAUCGAUCCACAACAGCAGGGAAUCAAAUGGGUCCGCAACUGGAGUGGACCCGACCUGAGAGUGGUGCAACUGGGCCAAAAGGGAUACUUGGACACUAUUGAACAAGCUUUGGCCACCGGAGCAAAAGUCCUGAUUGAGAACUUGGGGGAGAUGAUUGAUCCAAUUCUUGAUCCUCUACUGGCAAGAAAUACAAUUAAGAAAGGAAGGUACAUCCGAUUUGCCGGUAAGGAGUGCGAGUACAACAGAGGUUUCCGGCUGCUUCUCCACACCAAGCUGGCAGCUCCCCACUAUUCCCCAGAGCUUCAGGCUCACGUCACCCUCGUCAACCUCACGGUGACUCAGGCCGGCCUGGAGGAUCAGCUGCUGAGGAAGGUGGUCGCCCAGGAGAGACCCGACCUGGAGAUGCAGAAGUGGGCAGUCACCAUGCAGCAGAAUCACUUCAAGAUUCAACUGAAGCAGCUGGAGGAUGAGCUGUUGACCCGCAUCUCAGCCGCUGAGGGUAGUUUCCUGGAUGAUACCGCCCUGGUGGAGAAGCUUGAGGACACUAAGCAGACCGUGACAAAAAUCGAGCACAAGGUGGCGGAAGCCAAAGAGAAUGAGACAGAGAUCAACGCGACCCGGGAGCUGUACCGCCCAGCCGCUGAGAGGGCGUCGCUCCUCUUCUUCAUCAUCAAAAGCCUUCAUUGCAUCAACCCAAUGUACCAGUUCUCUCUCAAGACCUUUAACGGAGUGUUCCUCAAGGCCAUCGAGCAAGCGGAGAGGGCCGAGGAGGUGGCAGAGAGAGUGGUCAACCUCACGGAGGCCAUCACCUACUCCGUCUUCCUUUAUACCAGUCGAGGCUUGUUCGAGAGGGACAAACUGACCUUCCUGUCACACAUGACGUUCCAGAUUCUCCUAAAGAGUGGCUCCAUCGAUGCCCAGAUGCUGGACUUCCUGUUGAGCUUCCCUGUGGAGUCUAGUUCUACCUCUCCAGUAAAUUUUCUCUCUCCACAGGCUUGGGGGAGCAUUAAGACUAUAGCCAGCCUGGAUGAAUUCCGAGGGCUCGAUAGAGAUGUGGAAGGCUCUGCGAAGCCGUGGAGGAAGCUGGUCGAUUCAGAGUGGCCUGAGAAGGAGAGAUUUCCCCAUGACUGGAAGACUAAGACUCGUGUGCAGAAGCUCAUCAUUCUCCGAGCCCUACGGCCGGAUAGGAUGACCUACGCUCUCAGGAACUUUGUAGAAGAGAGCCUCGGAUCCCGAUAUGUGAAUGCGCCACUUACAGAAUUUGAGAAGUCCUUUGAGGAGACCAGUCCUGCCUGUCCAGUGUUGUUUAUCCUGUCACCUGGGGUCAACCCACUCAAAGACGUAGAGACCCUUGGACAGAAGAUGGGAUAUACCAUUGACCAUGGGAGGCUGCACAGCCUGUCUCUGGGACAAGGUCAGGAGGAGAUCGCAGGGCGGAUCCUGGAGAGCGCAUCCAGAGAUGGUCACUGGGUAAUUCUUCAGAACAUUCACUUGGUGCCUCACUGGCUCAGCACUCUAGAGGAACUUCUAGAAAAGACUGGGGAAGGGAGUCACCCAGACUACAGAGUCUUCAUUAGCGCCGAGCCAGCAGGAACCCCAGAAGAACACAUCAUCCCUCAAGGCAUCCUGGAGAAUGCCAUCAAGAUUACAAACGAACCGCCUUCAGGCUUGCAGGCUAACCUGCAUGCAGCUCUCUGCAGCUUCAGCCAGGAGACGCUAGAGAUGUGCUCACGGGAGCGAGAGUUCAGUGGGAUCCUCUUCUCGCUCUGCUUCUUCCAUGCCUGUGUCACUGAGAGACGAAAAUUUGGCCCCCUGGGGUGGAAUCAUGCUUACCCUUUCAGCACAGGAGAUCUCACCAUCUCUGCAAACGUGCUCUGCAACUGCCUGGAAGUCAACUCUAAGGUGCCCUGGGAAGACCUUCACUACCUCUUUGGGGAGAUCAUGUAUGGAGGACACAUCACUGACGACUGGGACAGAAGACUGUGUCACACCUACCUGCAAGAGUACAUGCAGCCCAGCAUGUUUGAAGGGGAGCUGUCUCUCUGCCCUGGGUUUUUGGCCCCUCCCAACCUGGACUACAGUGAUUACCACAACUACGUGGACAAGCACCUCCCUGCAGAAAAUCCCACCCUGUAUAGCUUACACUGGAAUGCUGAGACCGAGUUCCUGACCAGCACAUCCAACGCCCUCUUCAGGACACUGAAGGAACUACAGCCCGGAGACCGUGCCCUAGGUGACACUGCAGGACAGAGUGAAGACGACAAGGUGAAAAGUAUCCUGGAUGAUAUUUUGGAGAAGCUCCCAGAGGAAUUCAACAUGUUAGAAAUAAUGGCAAAAUCUACAGAAGAGAGUCCCUAUGUCUCAGUGUGUCUCCAGGAAUGCGAACAAAUGAAUCUGUUGAUUGGUGAAAUAUCCAGAUCUUUGAGGGAGCUAGACAUGGGACUGAAAGGACAGCUGACUGUCUCACCAAAAAUGGAGGCCCUACAGUUGCCAUUAUGCUGCAAUAAUGUCCCAGAAUCCUGGACCAAACUGGCCUACCCCUCCACAUCGACUCUCGCCCAAUGGUUCAAGGAUCUCUUGUCCCGAUGUCAAGAGCUGGACAUCUGGACGCAGGACCUGACUCUCCCUCCAGUCGUGUGGCUUUCAGGGUUCUUCAACCCUCAGUCCUUCCUUACAGCCGUAAUGCAGAGCAUCGCCCGCAAGAAUGCAUGGCCUCUGGAAACAGUGCGUCUAACCGUGGACGUGACAAAGAAAUUUAAGGACGACUAUGGACACCCUCCACGAGAAGGUGCUUACAUACAUGGCCUUUACAUGGAAGGUGCACGGUGGGAUAUGCAGAACGCCAUGGUAACAGACGCCCUUCCCAAGGAGCUGGCCCCCCAGAUGCCGGUCCUGUACCUCCGGGCUGCCCUGUGCGAUCAGCCAGACUCAGGCAACACCUAUGAGUGCCCCCUGUAUAAGACCAAGCUCCGUGGGCCAACCUACGUCUGGACCUUCCCCCUCAGGACCAGAGACCCGUCCUCAAAGUGGAUCCUGGCCGGUGCAGCAUUAUUGCUGUCCGUGUGAGAUCUCCACACCCCAAAUUAGGAUAGCUCUGCUCAGACUGCAGCUGCUUUCCCCCGAUGACGCGCGUGUCGUGCUUAUCUCCCAGCCCAGCCGUUCACUUUAACCUGGCAGCGCUGCAGAAAUGCUGACAUUUCUGGGCAGAUGUGCACAUGGGCUGGAGACGCAGAAAAACAGUCCAUGGUGUGUAAUCACUGUGAGAGUCCACAGUCUCCAGAUUAGCAAUCUAGAGAACCCAUAAAACAUGUUUAAAUAAAUAGGUAAAUUCAGUGCCUGAGUUAAGUUAGUUUUACAGCAGGCACAAGCACCUAUUCAAAAUAGUAGCAUUCCAUGAUGGAAAAGACUUUGAACACGAUUUCUACAGAAGAACAUUUAUUUUAAAUGGAACGAAACUAUCCUCUUUUUUCAAACAGUCCUCAAGUAAUUACAGUAAGAGUGAACAACACUAACUGACUAAAAAUUUCACUUUACACGGGGAUGCAAGCAACGAUAAACCUGCAGGCCUAAAGGAGCUUGGAGCACAAACGAAAAUUAUAACAUAAAAUAUAAAUAUGCAGGCAUAGUAAAAUACAAGCAGAAAGAAUGAAGACACAGUCGAUGUAGAUUUAACAUUCUUUCUGAAGGCUGGGAAGAGAAGGGGAGAGACCAUCAUGUCACAAGCACUGUGAUACUCUGUUACUUUAUUAAUAAAGUAAUUAUUAAAGGUAAUUUAGUAAAUUGGGGAGGUCAUGUAUGGAGUAAAUUUAGUAAUUAUUAAAGGAUUACAUUAAGGAACACUCAUUAUCAAUUUAAUGCAUUUAAAAGUGUACAAUGUACAAGAAUAUAUAUUCAUUAAAACCACGGAUUUUAAACUACAA